AUGGUCAAGCGAAGCAAGCUCCUCCAGACGCUCGAUGCCCACCGGGGCCGGGACUACAAUGCCGAGAAGCAGAAGAAGAUGGUCAAGGCCGCUGAGAAGCGCAAAUCCUUGAAGAAGACCGAUACCACCACGGAAGCCAGCAAGGAGCCCGAAGAGGAGGAAGUUGCUGCUUCUGAGGAGGAAGAGGAUGAGGAGGAGGUUCAACAAGAGGACGAGGUUGAAGAUGCCGAGGAAGACGACGAAGAGGCCGAGGACGAUGAGGAAGAAAACGACGACGACGAAGAGGAGGAAGAGGAAGACAUCCCGCUAUCAGACCUCGAGGACGACGAGCGCGAGGAUGUAGUCACUCACCAGCGUCUCACCAUCAACAACUCCGCCGCCAUCAAGACCUCCCUCAAGCGCAUCUCCUUCAUCACCAAGAACACCCCAUUCUCCGAGCACAACUCGUUAGUGUCGCAAGAGCCUAUUGAAGUGACCGACCCCAAUGACGAUCUCAACCGUGAAUUGGCCUUUUACAAGGUCUGCCAGGCCGCUGCCAUCGAGGCCCGUGGUAUGCUCAAGAAGGAGGGUAUCCCGUUCACCCGGCCCGGUGACUACUUUGCCGAAAUGGUCAAGAACGACGAGCACAUGGAUAAGAUUAAGAAGAAGCUGUACGAAGAGGCGGCUGGCAAGAAGGCUGCUGCUGAGGCUCGCCGCCAGCGUGAUCUCAAGAAGUUCGGCAAGCAGGUGCAGGUCGCCAAGUUGCAGCAGCGUGCUAAGGAGAAGCGUGAUACCCUCGAGAAGAUCAAUGCCUUGAAGAAGAAGCGCAAGGCUGACUCCGCUGCCCCCACUGACGACGCUAACGAUCUCUUCGACGUCGCCAUCGAGGACUCUGGCAAGCCCGAGAGGCGCAACCGCGAGGGUGGCCCCAACGCCAAGCGCCAGAAGCGCGACCAGAAGUUCGGCUUCGGUGGUAAGAAACGUUUCUCCAAGAGCGGUGAUGCCGCGUCCACCGGUGACCUGCGUGGUUUCUCUCAAAAGAAGAUGAAGGCUGGCGCGUCCAAGCGGCCCGGUAAGAGCAAGCGCGCUGCGGCCAAGGGUCGCUCGUAA